AUGGGUGACAUGGGAACGACCAACCACUCAGAAGUGACCGACUUCAUUCUUGUCGGCUUCAGGGUCCACCCAGAGCUCCACAUUCUCCUCUUCCUGAUAUUUUUGCUUGUCUACGCCAUGAUCCUCCUAGGAAAUAUUGGCAUGAUGGUCAUUAUUAUGACUGACCCUCGGCUGAACACACCAAUGUAUUUCUUCCUAGGCAACCUGUCCUUCGUUGAUCUCUUCUAUUCUUCUGUUAUUGCACCCAAGGCUAUGAUCAACUUCUGGUCUGAGAGCAAGUCCAUAUCCUAUGCAGGCUGUGUGACCCAGCUCUUUCUCUUUGCCCUCUUCAUUGUGACUGAGGGGUUUCUCCUGGCAGUCAUGGCUUAUGACCGCUUCAUUGCCAUCUGCAACCCACUCCUCUACACGGUCCAGAUGUCAACACGUGUCUGUGUUCAGUUGGUGGCUGGUUCCUAUUUUUGUGGCUGCAUCAGCUCAGUUCUUCAGACCAACAUGACAUUUACUUUAUCCUUUUGUGCUUCUCGGGCCAUUGACCAUUUUUACUGUGAUGACCGUCCACUUCAAAGAUUGUCUUGCUCUGACAUCUUCAUCCAUAAACUGAUUUCUUUCUGUUUAUCUGGCAUCAUUAUCUUGCCUACCAUCAUAGUUAUCAUUGUUUCUUAUUUGUACAUUGUGUCCACAGUUCUAAAGAUACCCUCCACCGAGGGACGUCAGAAAGCCUUCUCCACUUGUAGCUCCCACCUGGGAGUCGUGAGUGUACUCUAUGGUGCUGGCUCUUUUAUGUAUCUCACUCCUGACAGAUUUCCUGAGCUGAGUAAAGUGGCCUCCUUGUGUUACACCCUCGUCACUCCCAUGUUGAAUCCUCUGAUUUACUCUCUGAGAAACAAAGAUGUCAAAGAAGCUCUGAGGAGGAUCCUGGGGGGAAAUAUAUUUUUAUUUAUUUCUGUUUAA